AUGAUAUAUAAGUCGACCAAAUGCAACGACGUGCUUAACUCGGGUUACUGCCCACGCGGUCCAUUCUGUGCCUUUGCACACUCUGAUGCUGAAAUGAACAUCGGACACGAAUUUCAGCACACUCUUAUGGCUAGUCCUCCUGGAAGUUUGGUCCCAACCAUGGCUUCCGCUGUUAGUCCUGGCUCUGUUAAUAGCAGUAAUGGCUCUCUUGCAACGAAUUCAUCUGGCUUAACAUCGAUUUCUGCUGCUUGUACAUCCUCUCCACCACGCAGCGGUUGUCCUUCAGUCGGGACUGUUAACAAC